UGUGCCCGGGACGGGUCAGCGCGUCCACGGCGAGAUCUACUGCGUGGACCAGAAGAUGCUGGACUUCCUGGACGAGUUUGAAGAUGUUCCUAAGUUGUACCAACGCAUCAAGGUCCAGCUGGAGGUGCAGGAUGGGGAUGGUGAAGGAGAAAACACACUGAAACCUGGAAGCGUCGUGGAAGCUUUAAUGUACAGCACGAAUAAAUAUAAACCUGAGUGGCUCCAGAAACCAACAUAUGAGAGUUAUGAUACGUACGGUGAUCACGGACUGCAAUAUCAUGAGGACACAAACCCUGAGUAAUGACUGUACAGGUGCUGCUUACCAGGGUCCAAAAUUAACAUUUUACCAACCUGUCAGUGUCACGUCAGUUUACCAUUUAGAUGUUUUACAACAAAACUUAUCUUGCAUUUUGUAAAUUUUAUAUACAUUUUACACACA